AUGGAGUCCACACGAACCUUCCUCCUGCUUGGACUACUCCUCCUCUACCUGACUCAUCAAUCUGACCAACAGCUUGCACCCAAGAAAAAGCCCACCGCAAAAAAAGAUGUGCAAUCCCAGGCCAGCGUCGCCAUAAAGGAGCUGCAGCAGCAGAUUAAUGAGAUUAUUGAGGAGAUGACCGUGCUGAAGGAGCAACAAGCCCUACAGACAGUCUGUCUGAAAGGGACCAAGAUUAACCGCAAGUGUUUUCUGGCUGAUAAACUGAAGAAGACCUACCAUACAGCUAGCGAGGACUGCAUCUCCAAAGGCGGAACACUCAGCACUCCGCUAACCAGUGACGAGAACUACCAUUUGUCCGAAUACGUGCGUCAGAGCAUUGGACCAAACGAGAAGAUCUGGCUGGGAGUCAACGACAUGCAGACAGAGGGUGUUUGGGUUGACAAAUACAGCUCCGCUGUAGUUUACAAGAACUGGGAGGCAUCAGGCCGUUCCCCGCAACCCGACGGGGGAAGCGCGGAAAACUGCGCCGUGCUCUCGGAGGGUUCCGGCGGGAAGUGGCUGGAUGAAAACUGCCGCCAAGAGAGAGCAUCUGUCUGCGAAUUUAACAUCGUUUGA